AUUGUUUUCUAUAAUUAACAUUUAUUAGUGCAGAGAUCGCUCGAUUUUAUUAUGGAGUUAGUAUUGUUGUAUCUGAUAAUGACUCAUUUAUACGUGUUGCCAACUCAUGCCGGCGUAUCGCUGUUUGAUAUUGUUGCCGAGAAAAUGUCGAAACGGGAGUUCUCGAAUGACAACGAUAUUCAUGUUAAUGAUGAAAAUAGCAUGAAGGAUUUUGUUAGCGCGGAAGACAUUUGGGAUGAAGAUAGGAUCAAGAAAAUGUUGGGAUUGGAUUAUGACGAAAUAGGUGAAUCUAGGGAAGAAAACAUUGACAGUUUCGAGAUGCGAGAUCAAGAGGUUCCGAGCCUUUUAUCCGCCUUAUACAACAAAAUGAAUGAACCUGGUUCCACGGUCAUUCCGUUAAAAUGCAAGAUACCUGGAAUGAAAGGAAAUGUUGUCAGAAUGCUUAACAAUAAAGGGAGCGUCAUCUAUCAGAAUCGCAGACAAACUAUUGUUGAACUCUCCUUCUCAAUGAAAUACGCUCUGCAUGAAUAUGAAAAUAUAACGGAGGCUAAAUUGAAGAUUCCUGCUCCUUAUCACGCGGAUUCAACCAAACAAGAGCUUUGGCAAUGGUUUGUGGAUAACGGAUUGAUGGCGUACCCACAAUAUAAAUAUGAGGUUUAUUACGUCACUGAUGACGUCAUGAAGAAAAUGAAAAUCAAAAGUAUGACGUGGAAAAAAGACAAUACAGACUUGGACAAGGUGGACGAACAAAUCGCCAUUAGUCUUGGAUCAUCAAUUACUGUAAAGCACUACAUGCCAAGCAUGAAAAGCAAACAAAAUACAUUAUCCAUCGACAUAAAACCUAUUGUCCAAAAAUGGCGAACAAACUUCUUCAAAAUCAAGAAACGAACUUUAAGUAAAGCGAUUUUGGUUGUUACCAUGGAAACAGAAUCGAUUUUGACUAAACAAUGCAAACAAAUGAUGGUUGCCAACUCUAGAAUCUUACUGGUUUCAUUAGAUCGGCGACAAUGUCCUAUGCCUAUGACGUCAUAUUCAAACGAAAAUGAAGUUUUCGUAGAAACGAAUGACGUGAUAGUUGAGGAUUCCAAUAUAAAACGACGCAAAAGAUCUGUGACAGACGACAAAGCAUCGAAAAGGCGUAAAACGAAAAGUCGCAAAAAAUCGAAAAAUGAUCAAAAAUCUUUAUUUUGGAAUGGUCGUCAAAACGCUAAAUCGUCUCACACACCUGACCUCGUCCGCGGGAGAUCUUUACAUACUGGACACUCGAGGGCAGUACGGAGCACAAUUUGUCGUCGCUACCCCAUGCACGUUAGCUUCGAUGAUGUAGGUUGGGGGAAAUGGAUAAUUGCUCCAAGAGGAUAUCAGGCGCACCGAUGCGAAGGGGAAUGCCCUUUUCCCCUUGGGGGGAGAUUAAAUGGCACGAACCACGCUGUUCUGAUGACAAUGAUGCAUUCUGUGGAACCAUGGAGUUCACCACAACCGUGUUGUGUCCCCACUGUGCUAUCUCCCGUCUCCCUCCUGUAUUUCGAUACGUCCGGCAACGUUGUGCUCAGACAAUAUGAGGAUAUGGUGGUGAAUGCUUGUGGUUGCCGCUGAGUCCCGAACCGUUUCAUUAUGACUCAUUUAUUGACUACAUAAGCAGUGGCGUUACCAUGGGGAUUUGAUAAAGACCGAAUUCUUCUGCUGGUUUUCUACAUUUCCAAAACUAUGUGGAGAGCAAAAUAUCAUUAGAUCAAUAUUUCUUGACUUCCCAAACUUUGAUUGACGUUGAUCCACGAACCUUCUCAUUAUAAUAUUUGUUUAAACUACACAAUGUGUGUCAAGAGCAGAUUAAUUUAGGUAAUAAUAACUAUCAAUGGCUGCUUAAUUCAUUUUCGGACUGAAGCCUCAAAUUGGUUCUUGUGGUGCGCAAACUUUUACAAUCAUUUCCUGUAUUUAGUAAUGCCAGACAUUUACCGCAUCAGUUUUUGAUUACUUGUGUUUGUUAAUAAACUUGUUUGCACUGCACUAAGCUGGGGUAAUGAAUGUAGCUGUUCAGCGCUUGUCUUAGGGGCGUACCCAUUUUCCGAUCCGCAGCAGUCCACCUUUGAAAUGUAAUGAUAAGCCCCGCCGAACCAAAGCACGAUAAAGGCACAACUUCAGGUACUCCCGUAGUAUGUGUACCAGGUUAGGCCAUAAUUUAGUACUAUUACGAGUUCGGGGACUAUCCAAGUGACUCUCGUAGUAUUUGUACUUGGAAUUAUGGCCUAACUCUAACCUGGUACACAUACUACGUUCCGAUGUCCGCCAUCUUGGUUCACAUACUACGGGAGUACCAAAUUUGUCGUGUGCCACGUUUUGGCUGGUUCUGGGAGAGAGUCGAUUUGCAUUUUUGUAAGAAAGAUAUCUGUUGUGUCGCUCUAAGUUGUUUUAUCUGCUGUUUGAUUAAGAAUAAAAUCGCAGUCAAACCUUGA